UCAGUUUUUCAUUCUUUGAUGCUUUUUUUUUGACUUUACAGUUCGAGUGUAUAAACAAAAUAAUAAUUGAUUUGUAUUUUUUUAAAGUGUAUAUAUAUGUGAACUUAAAUUCAGAAUUUUAAUUUUUGUCAAAAAUGGAUGAAAAUCUCGAAAAUGAAUGUGAGGAUUUAGUUGAUGAACUUUCUGACAUGAGACAAAGAUAUCCUGCUUAUUGUUCUUAUAAAUUAGAAAAAUGCCUGAAAUUAACAAGAGAAAUUAAUACAAUGGAUAUGAAGACUGAUUCAAUACAUAUGAGUAAAAUAGAAAAACCAUUGCAAUUAGAUGGUGAAAGAAGAGUAAUAUAUGAAAAGUAUAUGUCAAAUUUAUCAAAUAAAAAUUCCAUUUCGAGAAAAACUUGGAAAAACAUUGGGACAGAUUUAAAUGAUUUGAUAAAAAUUGCCGAUCAACUUAGAGGAGAAAAAAAAUCCUCCAUUUCUCAUAGUAUAAAAAAAUUAACACAAGAAAAAUUAAUCAACUCAUAAUUUUUAGAUUCAAGUUUAUCGAGGACCUCAGCCUUUAAUUCUUUCAUCAUUUUUAAUUCAUCCUCGGAGGAGAAACGAUUCCAUGGAAUUCGAGAAUCACCAAAAUUAAAAGGUGUCAAAUGAUUCAUCGCCAGCUUUACGCCAUGGGGUCCGUGACCUGUAAAUUUUUUUUUCUUUUUAUAAUAAGAGAUUUUAUUUUUAUUUUAUUUUUUUUAAUUUACACAUUAAGGUCAUGUUCAAUAAGACUUAAAGAAGUGGAGCCAAAAAAAAAAAAAUAUUAAACUCAAGGAAAUUUUUUCAAAUUUGACAAAAAUAGUCGAAAAUUGUUGUGUUUUUUAUUUAUUUUCUUUAAGAAACUUAUUGAAAAAUUAGAAAUUAAUUUAAUUUAUUUAAUUUAAUAUUAUUAUUUUUAUUUAUUAGUAGUCCACAUCUUUCGGUUUUGGACGAAUUUCCGGUUUUUACACUCUUUACAUUUUACUUUAAUUAUUGUUAAUUUAAUUAUUUAAUCAUUAAUUCAAUUUAUUAUUUGUCAUUAUAUUAAUGAAAAAAAAAAGUUUUCAAAGAAAUUAAAUUUUUUGCUAUUUUAACAAUUCCUUGAGUUUAAGAACAAUAUUUUCUUUUUAAAUAAUUUGUUUGAAAUAAUUAUUUUUCAUUUGCCUUUAAGAAUAAAACUUCAAAAACAUGGCCUUAAUGUUGAAAUAAAUUGAGCAUAUUUUUGGAAUAUUUAAUUUUUCAGUAGAAAAAAAUAAUUUUUUCCCUCGCACAGUGUUGAUAAUUUUUUUUAUAAUUUAAAAAUACAAAUUUUUUUUAUAAUUCUCAAGAAUGAAUUUAAAAACAAAUUCACCUUUUUCAAAAAAUAAAAAUUCCAAGAAAAUAUUUUGAAAUUAUCAAAUUUUUGGUAUGUACAAAAAAAAAAAAAAAAAAAUUCUAAAA